AUGGUAUGUAGCCUCUUUCGCCAUCUGUGCCGGCCAAUGUCAUGUUCUAACAUUCUUAUACCAAUUUUAUCUCCCAGGCGGACCAGCUCACUGAAGAACAGAUCGCGGAAUUCAAGGAGGCGUUCUCUUUGUUCGACAAAGAUGGAGACGGCACCAUCACCACUAAGGAGCUUGGCACCGUUAUGCGCUCCCUUGGUCAAAAUCCCACCGAAGCGGAGCUUCAGGAUAUGAUUAACGAGGUUGACGCUGAUGGUUUGGUCGUUAGUUAUGCCUAACCGUGCGUAAUAGGCAAUGGCACGAUCGACUUCCCUGAGUUCCUUACUAUGAUGGCCCGAAAAAUGAAAGACACAGAUAGCGAGGAAGAGAUCCGAGAGGCCUUCCGGGUGUUCGACAAGGACGGCAAUGGAUUUAUUUCCGCCGCCGAAUUACGGUAUGAUUAGAUAGCUGUUGCCGAAGGCCUUCACUGUAGGCACGUAAUGACCAACCUUGGGGAGAAAUUGACCGACGAGGAGGUGGACGAGAUGAUACGUGAAGCUGACAUCGAUGGUGAUGGACAAGUCAAUUAUGAAGGUAAGAAAGUACCUGUGCUCCGUGUCCAGCUGUCGUAAAUUCCGUGGACCUACACUUACUGCUGUUUUUUGUCUUGCAUGCCGCCGUCCUUCCCGUUAUCGCCGUUGUUUGCUGUCAAUGGCCGCACUGAAGAAUUCGUGAAAAUGAUGCAGUCGAAAUAG